AUGUCAGACCAGGGUCAACUUUCUCAGGAGGCGUUUCAGUUCCAGAGCCACCUGUUUUCGGGUUCUGGGUUUGAUUUUGCCGUGGGACAACAUUGUUUUGAGGACCAGGCUAGAGAUCAGACUCAGCAAUAUCAAGGUUCAGAGCUUGCGGGUCAACAAGCAUGCAAGAAGAAAAGACCACGUCAUAAUUUACCUUUUACACAGCUAGCUUUGGCUAAGGAGGCAAGAAAUAUAAAGGUGCCUACAAAGCUUGCUAGUUGCGGACUCGGUGAAGAUAACUCUGAUGGUCAAAUGGACAAGGACAAGAAGCGCAAGUAG